AAAAAAGUGGCCACACCAUCAUUAUUAUGGCUAUGCUUCUCUGUCUGUCUGUCUUCCUUAUCUCUUUCACUUCACUUCACUGUGCUUCCCUCUCCUCUCUCAUCCACUUCUUCAACGAUCAAUUCCCCAAAAUUCGCAGAAAAUUGAGUUUCGAUUCGCCAUUACUCUUACUUCACUCAAUUCCUCAAUUGCUGGAUAAUUUUCAGAUAGUAUAGGAAGAAUUGCAGCUGUCAUUUUCAGUUUUGGUGGCGGAAAAUGAAGAGGGAUCGCGGCGGCGGCGUCAUCGCCGGCGAUGGAAAGGUGCGGGCGGAGCAGCCGGACGAAGGAAUGGACGAGCUUUUCGCCGUUCUAGGGUUUAAGGUGAAGUCGUCGGAGAUGGCGGAUGUGGCCGAGAAGCUCGAGAUGGCGAUGGGUUUGACUAUGGAGGAUGGGGCUUCGGCUCUCUGCUCCGACUCCGUUCAUUAUAACCCGUCGGAUCUCUCUGGAUGGGUCGGAUCCAUCCUCUCCGAGCUCAGCAGCUCCGGCCAUGGAGUUUCAGGGGAGUUCUCUUCCUCCAAUUUGAUUAGCUUCUCCAAUCCCGACGGCGGCGAGAAUGGAGCCAAAUUCAUCCACGAUGACGAUUUGAGAGCGAUUCCUCGGGGAGUGAUCUUCGGUAGCAAGCAGAAGGAUUCGAAUUCGAAUUCGAUUUCGACUGGGGAUUGCGAAAAUGGAAAAGUAAUAAAGAGGAUGAAAUCGAAAGACGGACCUGGAUCUGAAGCUUUUCCCCGGCCGGUGGUUAUGGUGGAUUCUCAGGAAACCGGCGUGCGUCUGGUCCACGCGCUGAUGGCCUGCGCGGAGGCGGUGCACCAGCAGAACAUGAAGCUUGCCGACGCCUUGGUGAAGCACGUCGGAAUAUUGGCCGCCGCCCAAACCGGCGCUAUGCGGAAAGUGGCGACCUAUUUCGCGGAAGCAUUGGCUCGGAAAAUAUACAACAUUUGCCCCUCCGAUGACCUCGAUUCUUCGUUUUCCGACGUCCUCCAGUUCCAUUUCUACGAAACGGCGCCGUAUUUGAAGUUCGCUCACUUCACGGCGAACCAGGCCAUCUUCGAAGCCUUCGCCGGAGCAGCUAGGGUUCACGUUAUUGAUUUCAAUUUGAAGCAAGGAAUGCAGUGGCCGGAGCUGAUGCAGGCGCUCGCCGUCCGUCCGGAAGGUCCUCCGGCGUUCCGCCUCACCGGAAUCGGUCCGCCGCAGGCGGACAACUCCGAUGCGUUGCAGGAGGUCGGCUGGAAACUGGCUCAAUUCGCGCAGACGAUUGGGGUCGAAUUCGAGUUCCGUGGUUUCGUGACGAAUUCAUUAGCGGAUCUCGAUGCGGAUAUUUUAGAGCUCCGGUCUAGCGCCUCGGAGGCGGUGGCCGUCAGCUCUGUGUUGGAGCUCCACCGCCUUCUGGCCUGCCCUGGCGCCAUUGAUAAGGUCCUGAGCUCCAUCAAAGCGAUGAACCCUAAAAUCGUGACGGUUGUGGAGCAAGAGGCCAGUCAUAACUCGGCCGGUUUCCUAGACCGGUUCAACGAGGCCUUGCACUAUUACUCGACCAUAUUCGACUCUCUGGAGAGCGCCGGUCCGGAGCCGAUCAACGGCCAGGAUUUAGCGAUGACGGAGGUGUAUCUCGGCCGUCAGAUAUGCAACGUGGUGGCCUGCGAUGGCUCCGAUCGAGUCGAGCGUCACGAGACGCUGGCUCAGUGGCGAGCCCGGCUCAGAGCCGCCGGGUUCAGCCCGGCGCACCUCGGCUCCACAGCGUACAAGCGAGCCAGCAUGUUGCUGGCUCACUUCACCGCCGGCGACGGCUACGGCGUGCAGGAGAACGACGGCUGUCUGAUGCUCGGCUGGCAUACGCGACCUCUAAUCGCCACCUCGGCUUGGCGGGUAGCGGCGGCGCAGUAAUAGUGAGUCAACUCGGCGCGCUGCGAGACGCUGACGGACGGACACAAACCUAACGUUGAGUCAUAUCGUGUCUCGUUACCAUUCAGUUUUUACUUUUUAUUUUCUUAAGUCAGCAUUUUAUUUUAUUUUUUAAUAAUAAUAAUAGGUCUUGGGUAUACUUGGUUCAUUUUUAUAGUAAUACUUGUGUGUUUUAUUUGUUUCUUUUGUGGUUUUUUUGGGUGUGUAGAGCAGAGGCGUGGGGAAUAAAAUAAUUAGGUACAAUGUGUAAAUUUGUACUUUGUUUGAAUAAUAGAAAUGUGCUUUUGUAUAUAUAUAG